AUAUAUUCAGCAAUGCAGUCUUAUACAAAGCCUUUUUGGAAACUUUUGAUAAUUUAUAUCUUUUUGCAGAACUGAUAAACUAUCAUGGCUUCAAGCUCACCCCUAUCUCAGGAUCCACCUUGGAGACCCUGGGUUAUAUCUUUUGUUGCUCUUGUUUGCACCUUCACCCUCAUAUUCAGUUACUACAAGUUGCUCAAACGGCUCUGCAGCACAAGCUUCCCAAGAUACCUGAAUCAACGACGCAUUCUGAAUGAAACCAACCCGGAUGAUCCAUCUCUACAGUUUCAGAGCGAGGGGCUAGACGUCUCUGUUAUGCGGUCUCUCCCAGUAACUCAGUUAAAGAAGAAAGAUGAAGCAGAAGCUGCAGAACACAGCCAAAGCAAUGCAGACUGUGCAAUCUGCUUGGGCGAAUUCGAAGAAGGCGAAUGGCUGAAAAAACUGCCCAAAUGCUCUCAUGAGUUCCACAUUUCUUGCAUAGACACUUGGUUUGUGUCCCACUCAAACUGUCCCUUGUGCAGAUCACAAGUCUACGAUUUCAUGCAUGAUUGUCUUGUUCCUAUGGACACUGCAUUAGAGACAUUGAGCCAAGAUGAAAUUCAAGAAAGAGCAUCACAUUACCAAAUGCUGCAGACAUUGAGCCAAGAAGAAAUUCAAGAAAGGGCAUCUCAUUACCGAAUGCUGCAAUUCGCCAUCCUGGGGAACUCACCACUUGGAAGGGAAGCAAGAUAUGCCCGUUGAUUUUUUAUUUUUUAUAAAUCCAACGCAUUAGAAAAAGUGGAAGGUUCCAACGCAUUAGAAAAAGUGGAAGGUGCAGAAUGCAACCCAAAGCACCCGCUUGCCAUGUAUCGUCUUAAUUUUUCAGAAUUGGAAAA